GGCGUGGCAACCUACGGUUAUGGAGGUAGCGAAGAUAUUAGCAGAUAAGAUGCUAAGGCAAAGGCUGGCAGGACAGGGAAGCGAUGCAGGUCAACGGAGGGAAGAAGGAGGAUCCAGAGAGCUGAUGAUUGUGUCAGAACAGGGCUUGAGACAGGGAGAAACAGGUAUCGGAACAGGAGAUCAGCAAAACAGACGCCUCAGGGGGGAUGGUGUCCGCAGAACGGAGGGCAGAGAUGGGAGACAAGGCAUAACGGAGGAAGAAGGGAAGCGACAAGUAGAUCCGGAAGACACAGAGGAGGAGGAAGAAAAGGAGGGAGAUGAAGACUCUCCGAGAGACAUUCAAGUUAGGGCGAUAGUGAGAUUGAGAGAAGAUCAGGCGGUGAAGGAUAAUUUAAUUUUCCCAUUUGUUUGCACCUUGCAAGGUCAGGAGAUUUACGUUUUGUGCGUACGCACUGAAGAUGGGAGGCAUGUAAUGCCAGCCAGUAAUAUUACUGAAAUGCCAUCUCCACAGUUCGUGAUCAUGAAGGUCAGACAACUGUUUAGCGAACAAUUCAUCUUUCGCCUGUUCCCGGAAGACUCGGUUACAAGGAUCUCGGUUGACCUGCCAGGAGGGUUCAAAGCGAGGUAUUUAAUAUCAUCGGCGGAUGCUCACAUACCUCUGGAGCUGUGGAUGAACAUCGGAUCCGUGAAUUUGGUCGGCAUUCCACUGAGAUUGUUCUUGUCUGAUCUCAACGGAGAAUUGGAAGGAGUCUCAAUAGAACCAGGCAUGACAGCAACUCUUCUACAUCGUUUGAACGACGAUCUGCUAAAGAGAAGGAACUUAUUAUCGACCUGCUUUGCAAAAGUUUUGAGUUGCAGAUGGCCGGAAGCACUGUCAGCCCCAGGGUUAAUCCAAUCUACAACCCUCCACAUGGCACCCUAUGGGGAGAAUUAAAAUAGCCACGUGGAAUGUACAGGGCUUGGGCGACUCAACCGGCAGGCAUAAAGGACGAAGAUUGAAGACCUGGGCUUAUAAGAAGGGAAUAGACAUUCUACUAAUCCAAGACACAAAGUUGUCAUAAGAAAAAAUCCUGCAAAUGAAAGAUUCGUGGACGG